AUUUUUAUAGGGUUAAAUAAUUUAGUUUAUAUUUUUUAAUAAAUGCUGAGGAUACAAAUAUGCCGCAAAAUGAGUAUAUAGAACGACAUAUUAAACUACAUGGCCGCAGAUUCGAUCAUCUCACCAAAACUCGUAAGAAGGCGGCGCGAGCGCCUUUGAGGGAGAGUAAAAGGGCCAAAACUCUGCGGGGAAUUAAGUCGAAAAUAUUCAAAAAACACAAAUACGCCGAAAAAAUACAAUUCAGAAAAUUGAUGAGGCAAAGGGAGGAGAAGGAGGUGAAGGAGAAGAUAGUUGAGAAGACCGAUGGAGCCAUUCCAGCCUACCUUCUCGACAGGGGCGAUAUUAACCGAACCAAAAUAUUGAGUAAUAUGAUAAAGCAAAAGAGGAAGGAGAAGGCGGGAAAAUGGACAGUGCCAAUACCCAAAGUCAAAGCCUUGAACGAAAUGGAAAUGUUCAAAGUCUUAAAAACAGGAAAAAGAAAAAAGAAAAUGUGGAAGAGAGUGAUUGACAAGGCCUGUUUUGUCCCCGAGGACUUCACCAGAAAACCUCCAAAAUACGAAAGAUAUAUAAGACCUACGGGUUUGAGAUUUAAGAAGGCGCACGUAACGCACCCGGAGCUAAAGACUACAUUUUACCUCGACAUCAUCUCAGUUAAAAAAAAUCCACAAUCCACUCUCUACACCUCACUCAACGUUAUCACCAAAGGAACGAUAAUUGAGGUGAAUGUGAGUGAGUUGGGUUUGGUGACGCAGACUGGGAAGGUAAUUUGGGCCAAGUACGCCCAGGUCACAAAUAACCCAGAAAACGACGGAUGCAUCAACGCCGUACUACUCGUCUAACACAUUUCAAUAUUUUAACUAUCCA